GGUCACUCAAAAGAUGAUAUAAAUCAUCCUAUUGUCCUGAUUUUUCUUCUUUAUUUCCCUUUUUUUUCUCUUUAUCCUUCUUUUUUCCUGAAAAAAAAAAUAAGAGACAUAGAAUGGCCAAUUUAUCACAAUCUAGUCUUGGUGAUAUUCAGGAAAAGGAUGUAGAACAACAAGUGACAUCUAGCCACCGAAAGCGCAAUAUAAUGAUCGGUGGAUUGGUGCUACUAGUGUCCGCAGUGAUAGCGAUUGCGAUCGCAGUCCCUGUGUCUCUGGCUCGUAAGAAUAGUAUAGAAACGAAUGCAAAUAUUGCUGCAGCUACCGAACGGGUAAAACAACAAAUAGCUGUGACAACAGUAGAUAUCGUACAACAAGAAGAAAUUGCCCUAAACAGUGCUAGUCUCGUUUCGGCUGAUCAACACUCCAUUCACCCGCCCAAAUAUGCGCAUGUGGUAUCGCCAUAUUCUAAUUUGACUAGAUUAAAGAUAUACAAGCCUGUGCCUGAGGCCCGUGUAUUUGUGAUGGGAGAUAUUCAUGGGUGCCUAAAAGAGAUGAACGAUUUGCUAAAAGUUAUUCAAUUUCAACCAAACAAAGAUGUAUUAAUAUUGGCAGGGGAUUUGGUCUUUCGGGGACCGGAUUCACUAGGUGUAAUUCGAAGAGCAAAUGAAUUAAACGCAUUAUGCGUACGAGGAAACCAUGACGACAAGGUGGUUCGGUUAAGAGGUUAUCAAAAUAAAUUCGGUAUCAAAUCCAUGUCAGAAACGGAGGAAAUCAUGCCAGAAGGAGACGUAGGUGAUCCAUUAAAAUUUGGUAAUAAGCACUUGGAAAUAGCAAGAAAUAUGAACGUGGACGAUUAUAAUUAUUUGGCUGGUUGCCCAUUGAUCCUGGAUAUACCCACUCUAGAAGCACGUGUGGUUCAUGGCGGUUUAGAUCCUCAUAUCUCUACUUUAACUGAUAACGAUCCUUGGUCUGUAAUGAAUAUGAGAGACGUGGAUGAGGAGCAUGAACCUUCCAAAUUAAAACUCACCAAAAUUGAUCCUGACGCUUCUAAUGUUCAUUGGACCACUGAAUAUCAACAAAAUGCUCCCAACAAAAACAUCACUGUCUUUUACGGACAUGACGCUUCUCGUGGUCUUCAAUUGGGAACUAAUACAAUCGGUGUAGAUAGUGGAUGUAUCUACGGAAGAAAACUUUCGGCUAUUAAUAUCAAAACUCACGAACUAUUUCAAGUUGAUUGUGUGGGUGAACAUGGCGAUGAUGAUGAAUAAAAAAAAAGAGGUGUGUUCGGACGGGUGUUCAAAUCGGCAUGAAUUUAGACACAAGCCCUUUUUUAACAAUAAAAAUAAUAAUAAUUCCACAAUGUGUGUUAUGUGUAUAAUGUGACUCCAUAUUCAUGUACUCGUGACAUCAACAAUUGAAGCUGUGUGUGAGUGUGAGUUUGCUCUUCCCCU